AGAGAAUGGGGGCGGUAAGAGCGUGGGUAGGGAGGAGGGUGGGGGAGAUGGGGUUCAAUGCAGGAGGAGGGCCCAUAAACUGGUUCCCGGGACACAUGGCUGCCGCUACACGUGCCAUUCGUGACCGACUCAAGCUAUCUGAUCUCGUCAUCGAAGUUCGUGAUGCACGGAUUCCCUUGUCUUCUGUGAAUGAGGACCUUCAGAGUGUGCUUUCCAGUAAAAGGCGUGUGAUUGCUCUGAAUAAGAAGGAUCUUGCCAAUCCAAAUAUCAUGCAUAGAUGGAUCCGACAUUUUGAAUCAUGUAAGCAAGAUUGCAUUUCCAUAAGUGCACACAACAGAAAUUCAGUCCAGAAGCUUCUUGCACUUGUGGAGCUGAAAUUGAAGGAGGUGAUUUCAAGGGAACCUACUCUUCUUGUUAUGGUGGUUGGUGUUCCGAAUGUCGGGAAGUCAGCUCUUAUUAAUUCCAUCCAUCAAAUUGCAUCUAGUCGCUUUCCUGUGCAGGAGAAAAUCAAACGGGCUACUGUGGGGCCUUUGCCUGGUGUUACUCAAGAUAUUGCAGGAUAUAAGAUUGCACAUCGACCUAGCAUUUAUGUUCUAGAUACGCCAGGAGUGUUGGUUCCUUGCAUCCCAAACAUAGAGACAGGGUUGAAGCUAGCUUUAACAGGAGCAGUGAAAGAUUCAGUUGUAGGUGAGGAUCGCCUUGCUCAAUAUUUGUUGGCCAUCUUGAACACACGAAGUACACCCCUUCACUGGAAAUACUUGGACAAUAGAAGAAUGGAAGGAUCCCAAUGUGAAUCCGAGAACAAAAAUGACGAUUUGUUUAGAGAUUCUUUGCCAAGGAAGAAGAAACUGCUGAAUGAAUCUGAUGUGCGGCAUAUUGAGAAUCUGAUAGCAGAAGUCCAGCGGACACUUUAUGCAACUUUCCUGGAGUUUGAUGGUGACUUGGAAGAUGAGAGUGACUUAGAGAGUCUCAUCGAGAAGCAGUUUAUGGGUCUGCAGAAAGCAUUUAGGAUACCUAAGAAGGCAGGUGAUGAUGCUCGUACUAUGAUCUCGAAGAAGUUAUUAACUCUAUUUAGGAUAGGCAAGCUUGGGCCUUUCACACUGGACAACGUUCCCAAUACCAGGGACCCUAUAGCUUGAGUGAUUUUGUUGUGGCACAAAUGUAAAUAUGGAACAUUUCCUUUAAGACACUAUGGAUAUUAAGUGGGGUUCCAACCCAUGGCUUAGUGGUAGACAAUGCAUUUCAACAUUGAGGGCA